AUGCCGGCUACAGAAAUGAUGAAAUUUAGUGGAGAUGCUCUAGACUAUAAGAGAUUCAUGAGACAGUUUAGGAAUAAAGUGAUUUCAAACACUGAUGAUAUGGAUGAGAUUGUAAACUACCUGGAUCAGUUUACCACUGGAGAAGCAAACAAGAUUGUACGUGGUUACAGUUACAUGGAUGGCAACACAGCUUACAACGCAAUACUUGGAGAAUUUGAGGAGAGAUAUGGGGACACAGAUUUGAUUGCUUCAACCUACAUCAAGAGAACGUUAGAGUGGCCGCUUAUCAAGAUAGACAAUGUAAAGGGAUUGGAUGAGUUUUCGAUAUUCCUCACUGAAUGUGAACAUGCAGUAGGCAGCAUCAACUCUCUCAAAAUCUUGGAAUAUCCUGAAAACAUGAAGAGACUAGUUAUAAAGCUAGCAUACCGGUACCAUGACAAGUGGAGAAACCUUGUUCAAGCAUCGAAAGACAGACACCAAUCUAUUCGAUUCUGCGAUUUGGUGGACUUUGUCCGACGAGAAGCGAAGAAAGCAGUUGAUCCAAUCUAUUGCAAGAAAGCUCUCAGCUAUGAACAGAAAUCAUCACCUUCACUGUCAAGAUAUCGUCCCGGAAGCAUUCAACAAAACAAGACUCGCACUUUUGCCACAAACCUCACCGACUCCACACAAGGAACAAGAUCACAAGACAACAAUACAGUGUUCAGAAAAUCUGAUGAUCAAAGGCCAAGAUCCCUGAUGACACCAUGUAUUUGCUGUAGUUCAAACAACCAUGAGCUCAGUUCCUGUAGAGAAUGGGAGAUUCUUUCUCAUGACAGACGACUACAUCUUAUGAUGACUAAAGGCCUAUGUUUCAGAUGUUUUAGAUGUGGACACAGAGGCAAACAGUGUGAAUGGAAGGUGAAGUGGUCAAAGUGUGAUGGUAAUCACCACACCUUGUUACACAUCAAUGGUCACAAAUCACAAGCUGCGAUCAAGAACGUUGAGUCCAGACCAACAAGUGCCUGUGCUAGUGGCCCUAUGGGGGCUGGUGAAGUUGAAAGUACAAUGGCCAUUAUCCCUGUGAGGGUCAGAACGAGGAAUACCUGCAAGACGGUAGAGACAUGUGCCUUUCUUGAUCCUGGAAGUAGUGUUUCAUUUUGCUCAGAGCAGUUGAUGGACCAACUCGGCUGCGAAGGAAAACAGAUGAAGAUUUCCCUAGAAACUAUGGGGAAGCCUCACUCAAUGCUAACCAAUCUUGUAUGUGGACUUGAAGUCAGCAAUUACACUGGAGGCACAUUCAUUGAACUUCCAAGGGUUUACUCAAAGGAUGAAAUUCCAGUCUCGAAGGACCAUAUUCCGAAUCAAGGUGAUAUCGAGCAAUGGGAACAUCUGAUUGAUGUCAUGUUGCCACAGAUCAACUCAGAAAUCGGUCUCCUCAUUGGUAACAAUAUGCCAGAUGCGUAUACCCCCAUGAUGGUGAAGACAGGUCCGCAGGGGAUUCCACAUGCUACAAGAACACUGCUUGGAUGGGUAGUCUGGAACGUUGUACGCAGCACAGCCGAGAGCAAAGACAUUAGAUUUCCUGUAUUUAGAACAGAAGUAGCUGCCCUGGAAGAAGUAGAAAGUUUGAGAAACUUGGAAAGAGUUGUUAAACAGGCAAUCAACUUUGAUUUCCCAGAGAAAAUGAUUGACGACAAGAAAGAACAUUCAUAA